AGACAGACAACGUAGAGGACAUUGGCCCAAUCCAAGAGUACGACCGGCGAGUUGCGAGCGGCGUGCUCCGAAAUGACGAACACCAGAGGGGUGAGUAAAACACGCAAUGGGUCGGGAAGGCGGGCACCGCAACCGCUGACUCGAUGACGCCAGGGAUAAUUCAGAGCCUACAGCAUUUGCACGAGGAGCUGCGGCACUAUCGGGCGCCGGCCGUGGUUCACCCGACAGUGGAAUCCGUAAAGCCGAACAAGUCCCUUUUCUCAUGGUUCGGCAGCAGCAAGAAGAAGACGCCGAUCGGCGCGAUCCCUGACAACCUCCCGCGGGGACUCUACUUAUACGGCGACGUGGGCUGCGGCAAGACGAUGUUGAUGGAUCUCUUCUACGACACCCUUCCGCAAACCGUCCGCUCCAAGACGCGCAUCCACUUCCACAACUUCAUGCAGGGCGUGCACCAGCGGCUCCACAAGAUGAAGCUCCAGUACGGCACCGACGUAGACUGCGUGCCCUUCGUGGCGGCCGAGAUCGCCGAGCAGGGCAACGUGCUCUGCUUCGACGAGUUCCAGUGCACCGACGUGGCCGACGCCAUGAUCCUGCGGCGGCUGCUCGAGUCGCUCAUGUCGCACGGCGUCGUGCUCGUCACCACGUCGAACCGCCACCCGGACGAGCUCUACAAGAACGGCAUCCAGCGCGAGUCCUUCAUCCCGGCCAUCCAGCUCCUCAAGAACCGCCUGCACGUCAUCAACCUCAACUCCAACACGGACUACCGCAAGAUCCCGCGCCCGCCGUCGGGCGUCUACCACACGCCGCUCGACGCGCACGCCGCCUCGCACGCCGAGAAGUGGUUCCGCUUCCUCGGCGACCCGGACUCGCCCGACCCGCACCCGGAGACGCAGCGGGUCUGGGGCCGCGACAUUGUGGUGCCCCGCGUGAGCGGCCGCUGCGCCUGGUUCACCUUUGACGAGCUGAUUGGCCGCCCGACGAGCGCGGCCGACUAUCUCGAGCUGAUGCGAUCGUACGACGCCUUCAUCGUGACCGAAGUGCCCGGCAUGACCUUCCGGCAGCGCGACCUGGCCCGCCGCUUCAUCACCUUUGUCGACGCCGUGUACGAGUCCCACGCCAAGCUGGUGCUGACCACGGCCGUGCCGCUGCAGGAGCUGUUCGUCUCGCGGGCCGAGAUGCGCGAGUCGCUCCUGGCCAGGCGGAGGGAGAGGGAGAGGCAGGGCGGCGACGGUAAGGCGGACGAAGAGCUGGACGAGGCCGCGGUGGAGGACGCGAUGAGCCACAUGAUGGACGACCUCGAGUCCAACGUGGAGCAGCUGGCCAAGUCGAACCUGUUUAGCGGCGACGAGGAGGCGUUUGCGUUUGCGCGUGCCCUGUCGAGGCUGAGCCAGAUGGGGAGCAAGGAGUGGGUCGAGAGGGGUAUGGGCCUGGAAAGCAAGGGCGGCAAAGAGGAGCAUGACAGCUGGGCCAAGACUAGGAGCCGGCAGAUGGAGGACAGCAUGUGAGGAACGAGGUUGGUGAGAGAAGAGAGAGGGGAGCAGCGUGAUACCCCUUGUUACCCCUGUUUGAACGUGGGUUGGGUAUGGGCAUAGACGACGGCGCCAGCGAAGGAGUAUCGAUAGUAUAUAGAGGAUAGGGGUCACGGCAUAGCCAUGAUUGCAGCGUCUUGAAAUAGAAGAUAUUGGGACAUGGAUCCGUGAGAGAGUUGAGCGACAUCCGUACUUUGCCG